AUGACUUUGGGUGGUUCUACUGCUCUAUUUGAUUAUGGCCUUGUUACGCCCAACAAUUCCCAAGAACAAGAUUCCGACAAUGACUCCCUUCCCACCACCACCGCCAUGACUAUCUUGACACAACAGCAACACCACAACCACAACCACAACCACCGAUACCAACCAAUAUCAGAAACCAAUAGCGUAGAUUGGCUCGACACGGAUAGCUCCGAAGAUGAAGAUUAUUUACCCCAAUCAUGUCAUCGUUGUUUCCCCUCUCCACCUCGAAGAGCCAUGUCUGUGGAUGAUGAUGAUGAAGAAGACGAGGAGGGAGGAGUGUUUUAUCCAUCAAAAGCGACCAGACGUAAAAGGGGUCGAUUACCAGAGUCGCCCGAACAGCAUCAACGACGACGCAUGAAUGUGGAUGAUGAUCAAGUGAUAAGCAAAAGUGUUCAACAAGAGCGUGUACGACGAGUGAUUGAUGCUGCUAUCGAUAAUGGUGAAGACUAUGUGGAUUUAAGUCAUUUGGGAUUGACCGAGGUACCGGAUGAAAUCACCGAACUCAAGCAUGUCACUGUACUUCGCAAAGACAGGAUUAAGAAUUCAUCACUCAAGCUAUUCCUCUAUGGAAACACCCUCACUCAAUUACCAUCCUAUCUUUUUUCCCUAAAGAACUUGUCGGUGCUGAGUUUACGACACAACCAGCUUACUCAAUUGCCUCAUGAAAUUGGUUUAUUACAAAAUCUGGUGGAGCUAUCUGUGGGGAACAAUCAAUUGCCCUAUCUUCCAGCCGAGGUAUUGAAGCUUCCAAAGCUCACAAUUCUAUGUCAUUCUCCGAACCCCUUUGUGCAUCCUACUUCACCCGUGGAUCCACGCCAUGUCAUGAGCACGAUUCCUAGCCUUGUGGAGAUAACAAGUCGACACUUGCUCUCAGCGCCACCAUCAUCAUCAUCAUCCAAUAUGGAUUGUCAAUUUCUACCUUAUGAGCUUCAGGAACGCCUACGUUCAGUAACACCCAUGAGUCGAUGUUACAAGUGUGAAAAGCCGUUCAACAAACCUAGCGUCGAAUUGAUCGUAUGGCAAGAGUUGUUUGGUACAGCCAAUAUUCCAUUGCUUUUCCGCUUCUGCUCCAAUCGUUGUCAUAUUGCCAAUGCGUGA